UUGGUCUCGGGCAGAGAGAGGGAGAAACGUGGAUGAGUUCGCGGAGUAAGGUGGACUUUAGACAUAGCGGAUAAGGGGACGAGCGCACGAGUUACUUCAGAGAAGCUCGACUCAUGAACGGAUAGAAAAAUCCGGAUAUUAUACGCUACAUUUUCUUCUUUUUAUUUUAUUUACUCUUUAACAGAAAUCAAGUUGAAUUGGAGACCGUGAGCGACAGACAUGUGUAACCUCUCAGGAAGACACUGAGAGGAUCUUGGUUGGUGGGCUUAGGAGUUCUUUAUGGCAAUGCAGAGCACUUAACCUGAAAUCAGUGUCUGUUACGUCUAUAAACAAGCUUGAGCUGUUGUGCAGCUGGGCAGCUCCAACAUGGCAUCCAGUCUUACCUGUCCUGGUGUGGUGUGGGCACUGUUGUCCUUCCUUUGUGCGGCUGCAUCUUGCGUCGGCUUCUUCAUGCCAUACUGGCUGCUUGGAUCACAGAUGGGUAAGCCAGUGUCCUUUGGAACAUUCCGGCGCUGUUCAUACCCAGUAAGGGAUGAAGCGCGUGGUGGGACGGUGAUGUUGGAGCAAUGUGGACGUUAUGCCUCCUUCCAGGGCAUCCCAAGUCUGGAGUGGAGGAUCUGCACGGUAGCGACAGGGACAGGCUGCGGGCUGCUGCUCCUGGUGGCUCUCACGGCACUGAUGGGCUGCUGCGUUACAGAUCUCAUCUCUCGGACCAUUGGACGGGUGGCCGGAGGAAUACAGUUUGUGGGGGGUUUGCUGAUUGGAUCUGGAUGUGCCCUGUACCCAUUAGGGUGGGACAGUGAAGAGGUCAGACAAACCUGCAGCAACAGUUCCGACCAGUUUGAUCUUGGUUCUUGUGAGAUCGGAUGGGCAUAUUACUGCACCGGGGCAGGGGCCGUGGUGGCCAUGUUGCUGUGCACAUGGAUGGCUUGUUUCGCAGGGAAGAAACAGAAGCAUUACCCUUACUAAACAUUAGGACAAAAAAUGAACAGUAGAGAAAACAAACGCCACAUAUACAGAAUGGGCAUGAUGACUGUCAUUCUCAGUUUGAGAGACCUUCUAUAUUCAGUGUGCUUUCCAUCCAAAUGCAUACCAUAUACUACAAGAAGACAUUAUAUGACUCUUACAGAAGGGACCAUUUUAGAUUCCUAUGACUGACCUUUGGCCUUGCUUUGGGAUUUUUUGCAAAGUGAGCUAUUGGGGUUCGGAAGAGAGUAGUGUGAUCAAAAUGGACCAGUUGUUUUACUCUCCAUUUAUCUGUGUUAUAUAUGCUUUUUUAUUGUGUAUAUGUAAGUGCAGUAUUCAUUGUGGUGGCUUAAGUUGUUGUGUUUUGGUACAGUGUGUGUUUUUGUGUAUUAUAAUAACCUAUUCUAUAUUGUGCAUUCAUUCAUAUUCUAUUGCUGACCUGUUUUUGCCUUAAAUAUCUCAGCUGCAAUAAUAUACGUCUCAAAUGGAUUGUGUAUUUGCAAAAAUCAUAAUGUAUCUUUGACAAUAUAUGUGUCUGAUAUAAUCUUUUGUUUGGCAUUGUAGAAUUUGACACUUUUAUAUAACAGAUGCAUAAAUGUCCAUUAUAUUUCACUGCAGUUGUAAAUAAAUACAGUUUGAACAAGAAAAGUCAUAGUUGUUAAGCAUAAAUAAAAGGAUGUCCUUUUAAAUUUUACUGUCUUUAUUUUCCGAGACAAACUGAACAAAAAUAUUGAUGAUUCAUCCUGCACUACACAGAUCUUUGUUCAAUUAAAUACUCUCUAGAAAAAGAAUGUCCCUCCCCCUGCAAAAUGUCAGCAAGUAGCAAAAUAUAUUUAAUGUCUGUGACGUAACUAAAGGCAAUUAGCUUUUUUAAGGAUCAAG